CCCACGUGUGUGACUUGGCCUGCCCUGGGGUAUCGGUACCUGAAGGACAAGGACAAGGCUUUGGAACAGAGAUUACACCACCACCCUGUGUCCCACUCCUCAUAAGACGAUGGAAGGAGCAGGAGCCGGGGAGGCUGGAGGUUCGGGGUCCCCCAGCCCUGAGCCAGAGGAAGCACAGGCACCAGCUGUAGAGUUUCAUGAGGAUGAGGAGAUCAUCGAGGUGCUAGAGUUGAAUGAUGCUGAACCAGAUCCAGAUGAUCUUGCCAGCGACAUGGAGGAUGUGGACUUCGCAGAUGAUCCAGAAGAUGGGGAAAUGGCCGAUAAUGAGGAGUGGGAGACAGAGGAUGAGGGAGUAGAAGAAGGAACAGACCCUCAUGAUGACAGUGAGCUGACGUUCUCCAAACAUACAGCCUCUGUGUUCUGUGUCAGCAUUGACCCCAAGGAGAGUGCUCUGGCAGUGACAGGGGGAGAGGACGACAAGGCAUACAUUUGGCGCCUGAGUGAUGGAGAGACUCAGUUUGAGUGCACAGGUCACAAGGAUUCCGUUACUUGUGCUGUUUUUAGCCACGACUCCACUAUGGUGGCCACAGGAGACAUGAGUGGCCUGAUCAAGGUGUGGAAGGUGGAGGGGGCACAGGAGAUCUGGUCUUUUGAAGUGGGAGAUCUAGAGUGGCUGGAAUGGCACCCUUGUGCCCAUGUGUUGCUGGCUGGCACAGCUGAUGGAAAUACCUGGAUGUGGAAAAUACCCAGUGGCGAGUGUAAGACCUUGCAGGGCCCAGGCUGCCCGGCUACCUGUGGCCAGUUCAUGCCUGAUGGAAGGAAAGCUGUGGUGGGCUAUGAAGAUGGAAGUGUGCGGAUAUGGGACCUGAAACAAGGAAGUGCUCUUCAUGUCCUCAAAGGCACAGACGGACACGCCGGGCCUCUCACUUGUGUGGCUUCUAACAACGAUGGCAGCCUCGUACUCACAGGUUCAGUGGACUGUGAUGCAAAGUUGCUGAACACUGCAACCGGCAAGGUUGUUGGCGUUUUCAAGACAGAAAGCAAUGUGUCCAAGGCCUCAAGACGGGAAGAUGGAGAAGCAGAGACCAACUCAGUGGAGUCUUUAGGCUUCUGCAAUGUCCUUCCCCUGGUCGCUGUUGGUUAUCUAGAUGGCACUUUGGCUAUAUAUGACCUCUCUUCUCAAAGUCUGAGACACCGGUGCCAGCAUGAGUCAGGAAUUGUUCAGCUGCUAUGGGAGCAGAACUCACCUGUGGUGUACACCUGUAGCUUGGAUGGAGCUGUCAGAUUAUGGGACUCUCGUUCAGGCAAAAUGAUAAGUGAAUACUUUGGGCACACAGCUGAAAUUCUCGACUUUGCUCUGAACAGAGAUGCUUCUAUUGUGGUCACAGCGUCAGGGGAUCACCAGGCUAAAGUGUUUUGUGUGCAGCAGCCAGAUCGUUAGAAGCGUCUCCUUUACACCCUUAUAAGAACAUUGUGAGCCACUGGUGUAAUCUUUCCUACAUACGUAUGUGAGGAUUUGUGUGCAAAUAUUUCUUUACGUUUAUAUACACAUCUCCAGAAGCCACAGCGUCCCUCCUGCCUAUCACUCUUUUAUAUGGUGUGAUGCCCAGAACUGCGAGGCAAUAUGUUAUUUUAAUCUGUAUUUCUGUUACUUGAGAACCUCACUGAUCUCAAAGAAAAACAAUAUUUUAUUUGCCCAGAAAACUGUGGGAAGUGAUGUUGCAGUUCUGUGGAACAAAUCAUGUGACAAAUAAGUGGCAAGCAAAUGUUAAAGUGGCCGCCCAUAUAACCUUUAAUAUAUUAUAGGGACUGCCAUACACAAUGGUGAUUUGCCAGAAAGGAGGUGAAUGCAGCAUGCUUAUUGGUUACUUAAUGUAAAUAUUUGCAGCCAUACUGGAGACAGCCACCAUUGGAUUGGGGUGUGAGAUUGUAUGUUUGAGGCUUGUUUACACUGCAGCCAAUCAUCAGACUAAGGCGUACAUAUACAUGGAGAGUAUAUGUGCAAAAUAGUGAAAUGGAUUGAAACUGCUUGAAUGAACACUCACAAGUAACUCACAUUUAUUUAUGCAUUUGCAACGCGCUCAAAACACAUCUUGAAUGCAUGAGUCUUGUGCCUGUGGGUAGCCCUAAUAUAAGACACAGUAAAUGAUUGACCACAAAACAGUGUCUUCUCUGUCGUGGGUGGAAACCUUGAAAGGGAUGGUGGGUCUCUUUCGACUUGCCCUAACUAUUAAUAUUAUAAUAAAGGAAAAUAGUUUACCUGUACCAGGUGUUCUCUCUAUCCUCUGAGGAUUUUCAUUGGUCUAAAAUAGCAGAAAAGGGGAAGAAAAAAUGAUGAGGGUAUUGUGUUUGUAUGUGUGUGUAUGUCCUCUGGAGUCUGCUGCAGAUAAAGAUUGCUUAUUAAUGGGGGAAAUAUGUUCCAUUACUGGUGAUUUGUGUUUGUUAGAGUGACUGUGGGUGGAGGGCAAUAAAAUAUGCAUUGAGAUCUGCAAUUGCGCUCCAAGUGAUUUGAUUGGCCCCCUGCCUACCUAGCUACUUAUAGCUCCAGGAAAUAUAAAGCUCCAAUAACCCAUUGCUAUAAAUGUUAAAGAACAAGAAACCCCACCAGGAAGCCAAGCUAGUCCUGGUUUCCAGUGCACAUGCUUCUGGUUGUUGCUCAACAUUGACUUACAUAGACACCAGGGGGUAAAUUUAUCAAAGAGUGAAGUUCCGCCACUAGAGUGAAAUUCCGCAGCUCUCAAUUCAUUUCUAUGGGAUUUUGAAAGGCGUAUUUAUCAAUGGGUGAAAGUUCACCCUUUGAUAAAUACGCCUUUAAAAAUCCCAUAGAAAUUAAUGGGGAGUGGCGGCAUUUCACUCUAGUGGAGGAACUUCACUAUUAACUUCAUUCUUUGAUAAAUAUACCCCCAGGUGUGAUGCAGCUGUUGUUGGCCACAAACCUGGUUCUCUGUAUGACCAAGCAUGGGGGGGUUAGGGCAGCCUCUGGGGAAAGCGCUUGAUUCGUCAUUUACUUAAAGCAACGUCUCCAAAUAUCUGUUCUUACAUUUCCUAUGUAUUUAUAAAAUGAUGGGCAUUGCUCAUGUUUGUUCAUAUAGAACAUCUCGGCUGAUAUCCUGCUCAUGGGUUGCUGUGUUAUUGAUGCCGUGCUAAUCUUUAGUGCCUUUUAAGUUCAUUUCCUUCUGCAAAUGCCUCUACUUGCUGAUGAAUUGGAACAACUGGAACCAUUGCCACCGUUAAUGAUCUGUUUAUAAAUCCACACUCUCUACCAUCUAUAAAAGAUGGCUUGUUAUGUAGAUUUAUCUCACUGGAGCAGUAUAAGCAUUACUGAGUGUGAGUGAAAAUGUAGUGUAUUAAAGGCAAAGCUUUUGUAAA